CCACCACGCCGUGUAAUCCACACAAAGCAUCUCAAAGAUUCUGCCACUCGAACCCCUAUAAUCUCGACUUCCGCAAUCUCGUACGCCCACUCAACGUCUGUCCGUUCACCGCACCCAUGUGCAUCCCAUCGAGCACCUUCCUGCAUGCCAGGCACUGACAUUUUCAUCCAGAUUCGCCUCCUUCCCGGCCACACACUAAACGAUGCCACCACGCCCGCCACCCGCAGCUCGGCUCAUUCUGUCUUUUCUCGCGUCUCUCCUUACAAAAUCCCCCCUUGCAUUCCUUAUCUCGAUCAUCGGCCUCACAACCUCGCUCUGCCUGCUUAUAUCGACCGCGCUAGCGAAUCCGCGGGGGCAGUUGUCGACUUGGGCGAAGCUAUCGCUUUGUGUUGCUGGCGCGGGGAUGGUGUGUGCCGGUUUGGUAUGGUGCUUUGUGUUCUGUGGGGACGGCAAAAUUGACAAGAGUAGGGGGGAUGAGCGCAAGGAGGGAGGGACAGUGUGGAAGAGAUAUACAGAUCGAGCGGUAGAGAGGGGACGCGCGAGGGAGAUGGAGAGGCGUAAGAGGAGGACGAAGGCUCCAGGCUAG